AUGGGCAAGCUCACCAAGGAGGAAGAAACGCUCUUGUCGAGCUACUCGGCAACCAGCUCCACCAAAGGAACCAUCUUCUUCUACUUCAACGCCUUGUUGAUCUCCUUGGCGCCACUCUACCUCUUCUACGGAGUCCACCAGAUGGAGGUCUACGAUUCGUUGGCUGUAUUUGUUCUUUCAGCCGGUGGAACCGCCUACUUGUUGCAAUACGCCUGCAAGAACCAGAAGAGACUUCUUAAGCAUCAAAUCGUGAUGAAGCGUGGACCAGCCGUCGAGCGUGAGAUCAAUGAGAGAUUCGGAAACGAUAAGAAGUUGACUAUCAAGGACAGAGAGAACCGUGCUCUUAUCCGCAAGAACGAGGUCGCCGACAGCGAAUCGACCUACUUGUCGAUCUUCUACACCAACACUCUCUUCUUGACAAUCAUGCUUAUCAGCGCGUUCUUCUUGCUCGCCAACCUCGCUCCAGUCUUCAACUUGCUCAUCUCCACCAUCGGAUCCGCUGGGCUCGUUGCCUUCCUCUCCACUGCUAAGAACUAG